AGUCUAUCGCUGUAGCAGCGAUGGAGAGCAGCCAGCGCGUGUAAGUGCCACCGCAAACUUGCGCUUGUACCUGACGUGUGUAUGACGGUAAAUCGCGGUGGUUUUGAUGCUAAUUCGCACUGUUAAUCGCUGCAGGACGUUCGAGCACAAGACCGUGGCGGGCGGGAAGGGCAUUCAGGUCGCCUGCGCCACGUGGUAAGACGCCUCGUAUUGCACUAUCGCCUAGUUAAUUAUAAUAAUAGUUUGACUAAUACUAAUAUUUGUUGCCGGGUGCAGCACGUUCCUGAACGCCCCCGACGUCUCCAACUGCGGAAUGUGCGGGUACUUAUUAUCGGCAUCAACUGCAUUUACUGGCGUCUUUCUACCUCGGCAUAGAUACUAGAAAAUGUUUACUCAUUAUUCUAUUUGUUCUAUUUGUUGUAUUGAUUGCAGAGCGGAGAUGAAGCCGCCGACGCAUGAUGUGCAGGCGGACGGUAGCUGGAAAUGCGGAGGCUGGUAAGAUGCAAAAAUUAUUUAUUUUUAUUUGUAAGUUCUAUUGUGUUUCGCUAAUCGAAUGCUUUGAUACAGUGGCACGGAGAACCGACGAGCAGUGAAGGAGUGUUCCCAGUGUCGUCUUCCGUUCUACUCGCUUGUGACGACGGCAGCACCGGCUCAGAUUUUCUGCUCUCGGUGUGGGUUCCUGAACGACGGAGGUAACCUUACGUGUGUGCAGUGCGACUACACUAUUCGAUCGACGCUGGAUAAAAUCAGCACGGAUUUGAGGGACAGCACCAACUUCCUGGCUCGAGAUAUGGGCGUGAACAUCCACGUCAAGUGUCCUGGGUGCUUUGUGGUGUGCUUCGUGCCGCCCGCGACGGCGUGUCUUCGAUGUGGCUCAUGCCACACAUACUUUGCGUCGCCCUCGGUUGGCGAGGUGACGAAUUUCCACAUGACGCGUCUCGCGUCGUCCAUCUCGAGCUCGUUUAUGGGAUUUUUCGGAGGGAAGAAGGGCGGACAAGAGGAGAGCGAGGCCUCGCGUCGGCAGGAGGAAGCGCGAGAGGCGCCAGUUGGCCGGUUGAUUGCUGCCGGCCAGGGCGUCGUGAACUCACCGCGUCAUUCUUCAACUAUCAGUGAGGCAAGUGAACUCUCAACGAGUUAUCAACAGCUGGAGGACAGCGAGGUUUCUGGAGAUGAAACAGAGGAGAAGCCCGAUGCUUCUGAAGUACAAGAGCGCACUAAGGACUCGGAGGUGCAGGACAAGCAACCAUUUGAGAAAAAGGAGGAGAAAGCAGCAACGUCGACGGAGGCGUCUUUGGUUAGUGAAACGAGUUCCCCGUCCCCUGUGCAGCCACAAAAGGAGGUGCCGUUUUCGUCGUUGAGUCUGUCGUCGAGCUCUGGAUCUGGCUCUGGAAAGGAGCAGGACCAACCAAUGCUUGCACGGUCGAUGCCGCUUCGGACUGCGCUUCCUGCCCCUCGACAAGAACUGGUUGAAGUGGAGGGGGAUAUCGUGGAGCUUUAACUAGCUGUCUGAAUGGGUGAGGUGAUCAACACAAGGCGAGUUUAUUCUAUUGGCGUGGCUGCUUGCAGGAAGUUCAGGGAAUUUUGAAAGGUUUGGGUCGUAAGCCUGCACACAGCAACUGCAAGAAGGGAAAAUAUAUGAUUUGAUUAGGACGUUCACU